AUGACGGCAAAAAACGUCCUCCUGCUUGUCGCAGACGACCUAGGCAAACAACUAGGCUGCUACGGCCAUCCCAAUGCCAAAACUCCAAAUAUCGACAAACUUGCUUCCCAUGGUGUAAGAUUUGACAGAGCAUUUGCAAGCACCGCUUCGUGCAGUGGAAGUCGCUCUACCAUCUACACCGGACUGCAUACCCACCAGAAUGGGCAGUAUGGUCUCAACAGUGGAAAGCAUCAUUUCAUGACAUUUGAUCACAUCGAGUCUGGUCCUGCCAUCCUAGCUAAGAACGGUGUGAGAACUGGAAUCAUUGGCAAGAUCCACGUUGGGCCUGAGGCUGUUUAUCCAUGGGAGUGGAGAGCUGAGAGUUUGACGAGAGAUGUCUGGUGGUCUUCUCAGAAGGCUAAAGAAUUCUUUGAAGCUUCCAAAGAGGAUCAAAGGCCGUUUGUUUUGACGGUUGGAUAUCAUGACCCGCAUCGUGAUCGAACGCGUGGUGGCUUUGGGAAUGACGAGCCGGUUGACAGGCGUAUUCAAAGCGUCAAGUAUCGGCCUGAAGAUAUGGUCGUUCCCAAAUUCUUGUCCAACACUCCUGGGGCAAGACAAGAGCUUUCCGAGUAUCUGGAGGCCAUUAGUCGCUUAGAUCAAGGCAUUGGUUUUAUACUAGAGGAGCUUGAGAACGCAGGCCUUGCGUCGAAUACAUUGGUCAUCUUCAUGAGCGAUAACGGGCCUCCGUUCAUGAACUCAAAGACAACUUUAUUCGACGCUGGUGUUCAGCUACCACUCAUUGUUCGUCACCCAGGUUUCAGAGCCUCUUUCAACACAAACCUGGUGUCGUAUGUGGACAUUCUUCCAACGAUCCUCGACUGGACACUUGGCCCAGCCGCGGAAGAGCCCAAGAAACAAUUAUCAGGUCGCUCGUUCCUGCAGAUUCUUAAUCAAGAAGAGUACCUUGAUGCAUGGGACCACGUGUUUGGCUCACACACGUUCCACGAGUCUACCAACUACUGGCCCACUCGCUUCAUCCGGACACGGCGAUACAAGUACCAUCGCAACAUCGCGUGGAGGCUCGAUUUCCCAUUUGCAAACGACAUCUACGGAUCGUUGACGUGGGAAGAUAUCCGCAACUCAGAAGACAGCCCCAAGAAGAUUGGGCAGAGGAACUUGAAAGAUUACUUCUUCCGCCCGGCUGAAGAGCUGUAUGACUUGGAGCAAGACCCGCAGGAAGUUGUGAAUCUAGCUAAAGACCCUAAGUAUAAAGAGAUUUUGCAGGAGUUGAGGGAUAGGCUUGAGGAUUGGCAAAGGAGGACGAAUGACCCCUGGCUUUACCGGGAUGGAGUCUCUGUGCUGUUGAAUAAGCAUCAUCUUGAUGCUGGUUUGGAAGUUCCUGAUAAAUGGGAUCUUGAUGUUGAGCAUCCUGAAACAGAGGGAGUUGCAAAGUACAAGAAUCUGCCGUUCGGUAUAGCUGGGACACGAGAUUGA